CUGCGGCAGGACAAUUUUACAUGGAUGUUCAGAUGAGGGUCAUAUCUGUUUAACAUUAAAUCACAAAUGCAAACGAAACAUGAUUUUCACAGAGGAAGUGGAUCCAAGCCUCCUUGUAUGGAUGUUUACAGAGGGAGACAGAAAACCACCUUAGGCUUGGCACAGGGAACUCGACAGGUGGUACAAGAAGACGGAACAAAUUACAUUGUUAUUGUUAACCAGCAUUCACAGCAAGCAACAAAAGCACAGAUACCAACAGCAGAAAUGCUUUUAAAGACAACCAAACUUACCACAGCCCCUCAAUUUGUUCUUACUGAAAACAAAAAUAAAGUUUUGGGAACAAAUACCAAUGUCACUCAGGGAAAAGUUUGUCCUGUAGAUGUGAAACCUCAAAGCAGAACCAUAUCUCGAUGCAAAGGACACUUUGGAAAUGACAGGAAAGAACACGUGAAAAUCAAUUUUUCAAAUUUGGGGUUUGAUAAUUAUGACAGUGCUUCUUCAUCAGUGAAUGUUUUCAAAGAGGAAUCUGAAGUAAAGGAAUGUACAGCAGCUGUUAAGUCAAUAGAUGAAGGAUACUCAGAAUCAAUCAUGACAGUUGAAAGUUUUAUUCAACACCAACAUCAAGGUUUAAACUUGGAUGAUGCACAAGAAGUGAAGAGUCCUUAUAAUGUAUCAAAGUCUACCUACACCUCUUCCUCCCAUAUUGAUCUUUCUGGGUCGUCUGGAUACCAAUCAGCUGGAGGUUCCAGUUGGCUGACCAGUCCGACGCCUUCUGAUUUAGCAUCACCAAGCCAAGACAUUGCUGCAAGACAAGUGAUACUUAUCUCACCUGGUCCAAAUGGUCCCAGUCGAGGUUUAGGUGAUCAAAGCAAUAGUGGAUCAGUUGUGUCUAGUCGGGAAUCCUCAAACUGCUCUAUAACAUCACCUGUCUCCUCGUUAGCAUGUAAUCUUCAAGGAACAGCUUUCUUUCAGUCUCCAGUUGGAGUUUCCCCAGUCCUCUCACAAAUACAGCAUGAUUUGGGAAAGCCUCUUUCCAGCUCUACUCCUGUUGAAACUAAAUCCACUUCAUUGUCUAGCAUAAAUACAUCAACAGGAGCUUCUCCAAUUCCAAACAUGAACAUUCAGAAGUCAACACAGGUUGUCCCACCUUCAUCAUACCUCCCCUUAGGCAGUAAGGCUUCUGCAGCAAAAUGUCUGAAAUCAAUGAACAUUGUUUUGCCCAAUUUGAAUCAAAUACCAAAAACAAAUUCUAAAAUGACAAUUAUUGAAAAGGGCAUCAAACAAGAACCCCCGGAGCCACCUGAUCCUCAAGCGGGGGAGGUAGUUAUUCACAUAAACAUCAAGGAACAACAGACUACAGUCAAGAUGGAAAGUGACCGAUCUCGACCAAGCACGCCUCAUCACCUGACAGAGCCUCAGUCUCCUGACAUGAGCAAUACACAAGACUGCUUAAAUAAUUCUCUCACGAACAUGCACUGGCUGAAAGGUAUCCAAGGCAUCAAUGAGCCAGUUCAGGGCAGUCCCAGGAUAGCCCCUUCUCCUGUAGAGACCCCCAAAGGUGUUACCUCAAACCCUUUACAAUGGCGGUGCCUCAGUAUGUCAGAUGUAGAAAAGAUUGCCAGGGAGUGUGGUCGCCAUAAAAGGCCACCAUUUUCAUACAUGACAUUGAUACAGAUGGGUCUGAACUCGCGAGAGGACAAGCGUAUGACCCUGAGGGAGAUCUGUCAUUGGAUUGAGGACACUUUUCCCUACUAUAAACACACUGCGAAACCUGGCUGGAAGAACUCCAUACGCCACAAUCUGUCUCUGUACAGUAUAUUUGAGAGGGAGAAAUCCAAAAAGCAUGGCUCCCACUGGACAAUAAGGGAUGAUUGUCCUGAAAAGUCAAAAUCAGUACCAGCCAAAGAUGGACUUCGCAAAGGUGCUGGUCAGUUGGGGAUUGGAACUAUGCUUCCCAUGGCCAUUCCAACAUUCUUACAGCAGUCACAUGGGCCAAAAAUAGCACUACCCCUUAACACUGCUGUAACUGACCGAUCUAAAAAAGGUCCACAGCCUAUUCUGCCGAGACCAAUGGCAGUGUCUCAGACACCGCUGCAGACCUAUGCACUCAUCCCCAUACAGAACGUGGGUCAGGGACUCCAGCAGGGCCUCCAGAUCCCACCCACUUCUCAGGGUCAACCAAUGAUCAUUCAGCUAGCUAAAUCUGGCCAGGGCUUGGCUAAAUCAGGCCAGAGCCUAGCACAACACUCAAAUCCUGAGUCCCCAUUACUUUCUCCGUUGGUGCCAAACAUUGAAGAGAAGCAAUCCUGUACGCGCAUUAAGAAGAAACGAUAUUCCAACAUAGCCCCGAAGGAGUCUUCAUUGUCGGCAUCCUCUCCUAAACAAUCCAUCAGUAUCGUACGUCAGGCUUGGAUUGAUUCGCAGAACAAUAGCACUAGUGAUGACAGUGAUACAAGUCGACUGCGAGACAUAAAGUGUAGUAGCUCAUCUUCACACACCCAAUCUGGUGCCAAGAAACCUAAGUUGCGACAAAGUCUUCCAAAGCCCAAGAUUUACAUGCGCACCACACCACCGUCUCGUAAGGGUAAAGCAAGAAGGAAACAGAAACUUGUGCCGAAGGAGCGGGAGCUGAUGGCCGACAGUUCUGAUGAAGAGUUGGAGAACCUAGAGCAGGAAGAUCCAUUGACCAAUGUUUUAUCCUGUAGUGACAGUACAACUUUAUCUACGUCUACACCUCUAAAAGUCUGUGGUUUUCCCUCUCCUCAAAUGCCUUCACCAAUUGUUGGCUUAACUCCACUUCGUAAUAGCGGACUUCUGGACUCUAGCUUCUUGGAGUGCUUGAAGGACUCGGAUGCUGAAUCCAAGGGCUUUUUGAUAUCUCCCGAUAUUCGUUGUGCAAAAAAGUUACCACUUGGGCAAAACAGAACUCCUCCCAACUCCUCAGUGUUAGAUUUGAACUUCUCUUUUUCACAAACCCCCUUACGUUGUGAUCCUGGCACAGACUUCGGAGGAGGCGACCAUAACCAAAGUCUUUCAAAAUUCUUGGCCGAGUUUCCAAUUGACACAAAUAUGAUGGAAGAUGGACUUCCUGUAGACAUUUCUAACUUAAAUUGGAGUAUCGGAGAACAAGACCAGAGUCCAUUGGGAGGUAGCUGAU